AUGCCUUCGCCGCUCAGCAUCGGACUGACGGUCGCACUUUCUGCGACUGGUGUUCUCGCACAUCCACUUUUCAACGGCAAGCUCAUUUCCAGGGCAGAGGAUCUUCUUCCCGAAUAUGAUUAUGUUGUUGUAGGCGCCGGUGCGUCGGGCCUUACCGUUGCCAAUCGACUAUCCGAAGAUCAGAAUGUAAAAGUGUUGAUUAUCGAGGCCGGCCAAUUCGACCAAGACGAGCCUUUCGUGACGAUUCCAGGCCUUGCUGGUGGCGCCGUCGGAACCAAAUAUGAUUGGAACCUCACGUACAGCGCAAAUCCCCAGGUCAAUAAUCGCUCUGUUCCUAUUCCUCUAGGCAAAGUCGUUGGCGGAUCGACUAAGCUUAACCGCAUGGUCUUCGAUCGUGGUUCGCAAUCUGAUUACGAUACAUGGGAGGCCUUGGGAAACAAAGGAUGGAACUUCCAAAGCAUCCUGUCUGGUUUCAUCAAGUCAGAGACGUUUACACCACCAACGGCCGCAAUCCAGGCAGAAUACAACAUCAAGUAUAACCCCAACAACUACGGCACCAAGGGUUACAUCCAAUCGACUUUCUCUCCCUUUUUCUGGCCCACCACCAAAAAUUUCGUCAACGCUGCGAAAGCACUUGGCAUUCCGAUCAAUGACCAAGCUACAGGAAAGGCAUUUGGUGGUUACUUCUGCCCGCACAACCUGGACUCCAAGACCGCGACGCGUUCUUCAGCAGAAGAAGCCUACUAUGCAUCUGCACAGAAGCGCUCCAAUUUCCACCUUCUACCCAGCCACCAGGUGAUGCAAAUACUCACAAAGAAGGUAAACGGUGUGCCCAAAGUGACUGGCGUUAAGUUUGCCGCUUCCGCUGGUGCGGCAAGCCAACAAACAAAAGUUAACAAAGAGGCUAUCCUUGCCGCUGGGACACUGCACACACCUCAGUUGUUGCAAUUGUCCGGUAUUGGCGACCCUUCUCACCUUGCUUCUAUCAAUGUAUCAACUGUUGUGGACCUCCCCGCGGUUGGACAUAACCUCCACGACCACGUGUCCCUUUUCGUGCUCAACCAAUUAAACACGACGAUUCCUACUGCCGGUGCUCUGCAAUCAAACGCUACGUUCGCUGCUGAAGCUCGGAAGCAGUACGACGACUCAAGAUCUGGUCCUUUGACUAGCCCAACUGGAGACUUUCUUCUCUUCCUUCCUCUCUCAACUUACUCCAACGCCACAAAAGCCAUCCUAUCCCAAGCUAUUGCAGCUGGACCAUCUGCCUCACUUCCAAAGGAUGUUCCCGCCGAAGUCGCGCGCGGUUACGAAGCACAGUUUGCAGCUCUUAACAAGAAGCUCGAGGCUACAGAUGCAGCCUUCCUAGAGAUCAUCUGGGCAGACGGUCCUGCGGUAGUUGGGCUACAGCAUCCGUACUCGCGUGGGCAUGUCAAGGCGGCUUCUUCCAGCAUCUUCGACGCUCCUAUCGCCGAUGUGGGCUUCCUGCGAAAUGAAGUGGAUAUCACUCUCCUACGUGAAGGCCUCCGUUUUGCCCGGAAGCUCUACGCUACACCGGCAAUCGCGUCGCUCAACCCAACUGAAAUUAUUCCCGGUCCAAGCGUCUCAGAAGACAAGGAUAUUGACUCUUGGAUCCGCGGCGCUGCAUCAACGCUAUUCCACCCUGCAGGCACAUGCAAAAUGGGUCCCAGAGAUCAAGGAGGUGUCGUAGAUCAGCAUCUUCAUGUGUACGGCGUGCAAGGCUUGAGAGUCGUAGAUGCGAGCGCCAUACCCAUGUUGCCAGCUGCCCACACUAUGACUACCGUUUAUUCAAUUGCCGAAAAAGCUGCUGGCAUAAUCAAAGCAGGCUUCUAA